AUGAAGAAUAUCAAGUUCAAAGAUGAUUGCAAUUGUCAAGAAAGUGAUCAUUACAAGGAACAAAUUGACCGAUUAUCCAAUCAAUUGACUGGUUCGCAUCAACCAGUAAAGGAGGAAGUAGUAGUAGCAGCAGCAGCAGCAAAAGAAGCUGCAGUCCGACACCUCGAUGCAUCCUCGUCCAAUCUCGUGCAAUACAAGACGGAACUGGCAGGUAUGCUCAUGAACAUGUGGGACCUGGCGGAAGACAAACAAAUGAUAAAUGAUCAUAGUGGAGAAACAUCAGUACAAAGAUUAAUGUUGAAUACAUUUAUGCAGGAAGUAUUCGAUCAACUACCGGGAACACUGGCAGGAAUGAGAUGCAUGAUUUUCGAGUUCAAGUACAUUUCUCAAUUUGGUGGAUGCCGCGAGACCUUUCAUUUCCGACAUGAUCCCAAUGAGAAAGGUAUUAUCAAUCCAUUGACGACCAAAUAUGGCACCUACGGAAUCAUCAAGGGUGACCUGGAGGGUGAUGUCAGCCAUAUUCCUCAAGAGUAUUUUGACAUGGCAAUCUAUACCCAACAAAUGCAACAUGAGAAGCACUUUUGGAAGGCGCUCCCGAACUUGGCCGGAACCAUUGACAAAGGUGGUCUCUUAAUAUUCUCCAUUCCAUGGGCAUUCAUGUUCCAUCCCUUGCGAGGUGACUUUUAUCGGUAUUCUCCAUCGGCUGUAUAUCACUUGUUGGAGUCGUCUGGGUUCGCAAUCUGUCACAUCGUCUCGGAUGGUUGGAAGUCGAUGCAAAUGCAUGCUCUUGGGCUGGGUGUCGAAGACAUUUAUGACCUCGAGUCUGUCUUGAAGAGUCAAUCAAAGGUAUCAUUGCUCAGUGGAGCGACCAGUUACAUGGCAGUGGCACAACGAGUGGAGGAAAUUGGCGAUCCUUGUACAUUGCAAAGACUGAAGCUCUCCAAUGAGAUUACGAGGGAAGAAAUCAAUGGAUUUGGAAUUCAUGGCGAAUUCUUGCCGGACGCAAUGAAGGAUUUCCCCUUUGUACCAAAGAAGAAGAAAACCAUGAAGGUACCCAAUAAGAGAGCCAAAAAUCAUGCCAAGAAGAAAAGCUUAAAAACAUUCUCUGUUGAGUUUACAGAAGUGGUUUCGGACUACACUGGGCCAAUACCUCCAAAGACCACCUGCUUUAUGACAGCUAGCUACGCCAAGACGUUGGAGAGCAUGGAUAAUAUGAUUCAUGUGAGGAAUACCAGUCCAUACUUCAAGUUUUUCAUGUUCACGAACUGGAAUGACGACCAAUGGAAAACGCCUGGAUGGAUAAAGAUCACUACGAAAUACAACUACACUCGCUCUAUUACUCACUCGAGAUAUGGCAAAUUCUUGGGAUGGAAGUAUGAUCAAAUCCGACAGGAGUGUGAUGCCGUUUACUACAUGGACUCGAAUAUCCAGCUCAAGGCAAACCAGAGUACUUGGAUGGAAAUGUCAGCAACGAUUAGUUCGACGGAACCCGGUAUUAUGCAGUUCAAGCACGAACAGAAUCGGUCUGGCAUCUUUGAUGAAUUCGCAGCCAUUACGAAAUGGAAGAAGGACUACGCAGGGAACGUUCAAAAGUCUAUUGCUUGGUUCAGUGCACAACCGGAUUUUGAAAAUGAUAUUCCUAUUUACAUGAAUCAGUUAUUCGGAUACAAUCCAAAAUCGCCAACCUAUCAACGGUUGUCCCAAGGAUUCUGGGACCACUAUUCGAAAGAAGAAGAUUCGUGGCGAGACCAACCGCUCUGGGCUUUUAUGCUGCAUCGGUACAACGUAACGCCGCUAGCAUUCCCAGAAACAAAUUUCAAGAGAAUAUGGAGGGUUCCCAAUCGAGUAAACUUUGGACACCAUGACCACCGAUAUACACUUCGGAAGCGGAUGUAA